UAUCGAAAUGCCAAUUGAAAUUUUGCCUCGUCCGUCUUCAAUUUUACGUGAUACGGCAUUCAUCGAUGAAAGUUUUGGGUACCGCGCAGUUAUUGAGGAGUUUAAAAAGAAAGGACUGCACGGAAUCUUGCUCCGUGGUAAGCGCAUGUUCAAUCACGGGUGCAUAUUUGUUCCAUCUGACAGCGUUAAUGGAAUAGUGAUUAUCAAAAAUUUAUCUUCAGUUGAUGAAAAGUCUGUCCAAAACAUAGGAAAACCAAUUCUAGAGCAGCUGGAGUGGCUAAAUAAUCGAAAAGUAGUGGAUUGCAAUUUCCAUAUACGACUUUGUAUUCUCGCCAAAAAACAAAACCUGUCAGAAGAAAUUUGCAAAGAAGUUUCAAAAUUGGUAAUAAGCAAAGAAGGACGCUUUCCUAACUUGGUAUUAGAGUCGAAUUCGGAGAAACUUGUGUCAAUUGAAAGUUUAUCAGAAAAACCAGCCGAAUCUUCCCGUGACAUCAGAUGUAAAACACUGCUCAGCCUUAUCAAAGAGUUUAGGGAAAACUCUGCUGAAUACAGGUUGAACAAUUUACCCUUCACAGCUUUCAACGAGCGAGACUGCACAUUUAAAGACACUCAAAAAGUUUUGGCGAUGUUCGAUUCAUAUUUUCCUCAAAAUUUGGACAGAUUGGAAAUUAUUCCGCACCCGGAUUGCAUUGAAGACAAUCUACUGAACAAAACUAAGAGUGAAGUAGUUCCAGAUACAAUUAGUUCCAAAUUCGAAGGCGAAGUUGCCGAGUUUUUCAAUCUUUUAAGAUUAUUCGAAAAAGAUCACAGGGCCCAUGGAGUCUUUGUCAAAGAUGUUUCUAGCGAAAUAUUCGAUCAACAUUUGCAGCCUCUUUGCGACUCAAUAAGCAUUGAGUUUCAGUUCGACUGGCUAUUCUGUGGAAUCAAAGGACUGUUUCUGUUUGAGUGUAGUUAUUCUCAAAACUCAGACAAUCCAGAGCAAAGUAUAAUUAACAAAAUCACACAAGUGGUGACAAAACACCUACCAAUGCUAGAAAUUCUGCUAAUAGCAAUUUCGAAAUCUAACGAAGCUUUGGAUUUGACGAAUGAUGAUUUAAGAACAAUACUGAACGAACAUCUAUCUGUAGUCAUUUUCCUUCCGAACGUAGGCUGUAACGCAGCGGUGAAAACUUGGGAAGAUGUAAAAUCAAAACUCGACGAAAGGGUGAUAAAUUCACUUCAGACUGGAAAUGCUCGAUCUAGAAUAAAAUUUCUUUUCAAAAGUGAGCAGAGCGAUGGAUCCGUAUAUGAUUUAAAUUCAAUAGGAGAAAGCUUGCAGUUGCUGCCAGAACCAUUCAAAAUCGAAGAUUUUGUAUAUGAAACCACUGAACAAGAAUACAACCUACCUUUAAAAUGGGCAAUGACAAUUUUCUCUCUCAGCGUUUUGAAACUCAACAUGUCGGAAGCAAAACAGAACAAGAAAUUUUUAACCAACAGGGACAGAUUUGGGGAGAAUAAAAAUCCUCUCAACUUUUUCAUCAGCCCACAGCAGAAACGAAUUCUCGAUGAAAAUCGACCGUUUGUGAUUCUGGCUGGACAACAUGGCUGCGGUAAGACUUCUGUUUUGAUGGCAAAAGCGGAAAUAGAAGCAAGAAAAGAGAGUGUGAAAAAGAUCCUUUAUUUUAUUCCCGAGGAAAAGGAACCCUUUUACAAGUAUCUUCAUGAAACCAAAACGUGCUUUGGGUCCGAGCUUUUGAACGCAAAAACUGAAUUGGUAUUUCUUCGCUUAAAGAGGGAUAUUCUUUCAGAAGAGAGGCAACUGAAACAGAAAAGAUGCAAAAUUGAUGCUAACGUUGCUGAUGUUUGGCUAUUUGACGAAAUUUACAAUCUUAACGACAUCGUCCCAUUAAUACGCCAGGGUAAAAACCUACCAAAAGUUUGUUGGAUAGCAUUUGUUGUAAAUGAGUUCACUGCGUAUCCAAUAGAAUCACAAUUGUCAGGGUUAUAUAGACAGCAGGAGCAUUUGCGUCCAAUUAUUUUUCGUAAAAACUCUAACAGUACCAAUGAUGCUGUGCCAAUAGACAAUGAGUCAGGAAAUGGGUUUGAAAUAGAAGCCCUAAGGAUCAUUUUUCGAUGCAGUCGACAUAUCAGUACACCUUCAAACGAAUUGAUUGCCGGCAAUAUUGGGAUCCGUCAGACAACUCCUCACAACUGUGGGGUGUUUUGUUCCUAUCAGGACAAGUUUAAACUAAGACCCUUGAGUGACUCAAUUUUCAGGGAUGACUCGUUCCUUGAAUCCAAAUACAGUAGAGACCGCUUCAUAGUAGUGAUCCAUUCGCCCAAUGAAACUUCAUCACGCGAACAAUGGGAUGACGUAUUGAACAACAGAAGCGAUUACAAUGCUGAAAAAGUGUUCUUUAUUGAUAGGAGUUCCGAAAGCGACUUUUCAACGGGUCUCCAUUUCUCUGGAUGCGAAUCAAUGUCUGUUGUGAUUAUAGAUGACGGAAAUCAAAGUCAUGACAAGGAAUUAACAAAGAAAUUGGUUUUUUCUUCAGCACAACGUGCUGUCAACGAAGUUGGUGUUAUAGCAAAUGAAAGCGCCAUUAGUUAUAUCGAAAAAUGUCUUACUCAAACUUCAACAACUACAAUUUUUGAGAAUCUAUCAAACGGAUGGGCGAUACCUGUUGAAUUGACUGACCAGCGAAUGGACAAACUGCCCCCCAGUUGGGAGCGCAAAUUGAACGUACAUUUCAGCUACUCGAACAAUCGCCAAAACGCUCUAACUAGUUUGCGAAAGAGCAGUAACAUCGUCAAAUUAAGACUCAUUUUGAUGGCAAGCCGAACCGGUUUCUUCCAGGGCUUGAAUGCAGCAGAGUGGAAAAAGCUGGGAAACAAGAAAACAGACGACUGGACGAAGGGUGUCAAAUAUCUGGCUGACGCUGCUUUGAAGGACGGACAUAGAAACCCCUUAAAACUGGGCUACUGUGCUGCAAUAAGCAAGGAUGCGGAAGCAAUCAAACUUGCAGUUGACUUUUGCAACGCUCACGAUAUUUUGACACAGGAGUUUCACUACUGGCUCUCUGUAAACCAUCUAUGUGGGACAAGAAAAAUGUCCCUGCUAAGCUAUUUAUGCAGUGCUUUCGAUUUCAGUGGUAACGACUACGACGACCAAGCAGCAAAAGAAAACGCCGUUGCCUCUCAUAGAAGUAUAAUAGAAGCCAAAUGGCCUUCACAGAUGCUGACUUACAG